AUGCCCAUUUGCAUCGAGUGCCGCCACCCCGUCAAGACGCUAUGGACCGAGUACUCGGGCGCUGGCGGGGCGAAGGGCGGUGGCGGGCACAACAUCCGGUUGACGGUGUGUCGCAACUGUGGCAACUUUUGCGACAAAUACGUCGAGCAUGACUUUGUUGUCAUGUUUAUCGAUCUGGUGCUCAUCAAGCCGCAGGUCUAUAGGCAUCUACUCCAUAAUACCCUCAUGCGCGAGAAUGAUCAAUUCGACCCGUCCAUCGUCCGCCUCGGUGUGCUACUCCUCCUCUUCGACGUCUACCUUACAUGGGCGCGCAUAGAAAAGAACGCCCUCCCGCCGUCUUCAAGCCGAGCCUUGGGCCGACUCGCCGAACAGCCCAUCAUCCUUCAAUACAUGUUUUUCCUCAUCCACUGCACCCUCUCAACGCUCGCCUUCCACCUCAGCAUCCGAACCCUAACCUCCUCCCGCUUCUCCCCCCUCACCCUCCUCGGCCUCCUCCCCCGCUACCCCCGCCCCAACUCCGUCUCCACCGCCCUCCUCGUCUCCUCCUCGACGAAACUCUUCCCCAUCCUCAUGGUCAUCUGGGAAUACGACGUCCCGGCCGCCGCCCGCUCGCUCGGCUGGGCCGUCGUCGCUAACAACGUCGAAGCCCUCAAGAUCCUGCUGGACUGCGGCUACGGCGUCGCCGGGUUUCUGACGCUCGUGGGCGCCUUGUCGAGGUGGGCCGUGGGGAAAGGCGUGUUUUGGUUGGCGGGGAUGGAGGGGGUUGAUGCUGUGGGGGAGCUACAUUUUGCUUCGGCGGGGGCGAAGGCUGCGGAGGUUUUAGGGACUUUUUUGAGGGAUUGGACGGGGUGGCUUGGGGCUGGAUGA